AUCACCGGAAGUACCAAAACGCCAAGAUUUUGUCUAAAAUACAAGACGUAGAAUCUACUUAUAGAUCUGCCUCCUCAGAGGAGCUGAAGUUAGGAAACAUCAACAUCUGCAGUGUCAAAACUACAAACCAUAUUAUAUUAUUAUUAUUCCAAAUCUUUUGCCACAAAACUUAGACAAAGCUCUAGGUCUAGAUCUAGAUCUUGACUCUGAAACAGUAGACAAAGCUACAGCCAACCAUAACAAGGACAAGCAAGACUCCCUGGCCAACUCGCCAUGCAUCAAGCGUUCGAACACUGUGGUCAACAUUGCAGGGAGCCGGCCCCCACAGACUCUCUGGCCAGUAUGUGUUGGCCUCUGAUACAACAGAGCCAGCCCCUGAGGGCCGUGGAGACGUCCGCCAUGUCCCCCUACGCCCCGGCCGCUGACGUCACGUGGCCGGUGUCCGAACCCUGGAGGAGGAACCUCGGACAGCCGCGCUGUGGGG